AUGCUGAAGUGGUUCAAUCUAGCUCGCACCGUUAUACCCGUUGUGCCGCGACCAAUCCACCCCGUACGAUGGUAUUCAGAUGUGGUAGCAUCAACCACCAAUGCCAUCGAACAACCGGGCUCCAUUGGAGUGCCGGAUAAAUUGUACAGCCGCGUAGAACUACAGAUGAAAGGAAUCGAUCCGGAAGUGAUGAAAAGCUAUGCUAUGUACGCUAAAACGGCCGCAGAACAUUUGAACAUAGAAGUUGGCAAACACUGGAUAAUGCGCAAAGCGGCGAAAGAUCGUUUGACGCUUUUGAAAUCGGUGCACAUCUACAAGAAACAUCGAGUGCAGUACGAGGUGCGAAAUUACUACCGAUUUAUGCACUUCCACAAGCUUACCGGGUCCACGCUCGACACGUUCCUGGAGUACAUUGAGCGCAACCUGCCGGAGGGAAUUGCUUUGAAGGUGACGAAAGUGGAGUUACAGCAACUGCCGGAACAUUUACGAAAGUAA